UUUUCACAGAAGUUUAUGUAUCCACUGAUUUCUAUUGGUGCGGUUGUGUUUGUGUGCAUUUCGUUUUCAAUAUUCUGUGGAUUGAUCUGGUUACUACGAUGCCGCCGAACUCGACAACGAUUUAAAGGGAAUCAAACGGAUCGGCAGAUGGACGUCGAAUCUGCCAAGUUUCUCCAUCUUCCCGUGUCUUCUUUUUCUAUGUUCCGCUUGUUGGUAAGGGAUCUAUCUACUUGGUUCACAGUCCCUUGGUCAACAGUAUUACCAAUCUGCAUGCAACAGAUGGACUAG